GUUUCAAACUGGGACACAAUUAUUUCAAGAAAUGGUUCUGUGGUCUAGUUGGUUAUGGCAUCUGCUUAACACGCAGAACGUCCCCAGUUCGAUCCUGGGCAGAAUCAUAUUUUUAGCUGCGAAAAGGCACUUUUUUUAUACUGAUCGUCUCUGCUUUUCAAUAUGUGAGUGCCUGAAAAGUUCAAAAUGAGGCAGAGAAACAUGUCGGUUCUCCGGUUAAAGCAUAAUC